GAUUUUGUUUCAUUCCCCACAAUACCCGACCCUGAAAACGAUGAUUCAAAAACUUUAACUAAGAUAUUCACUAAAACUUUACGAAAAGUCACUAAUAAUGCAUCCAAUUUGGUGCAGAGCUAUUCGGGGGUAAAAAAUUUACCCACUCCCCAAAUGAAUGAUAUGGAACAUGAAGCGGUAGAAGACUCUUCUAACCCUGUCAACCAACCAUUGAUGGAAACAACAGCAGUUGUUCCUAAAGAACUUAAUAUCAACUCAAGAGUCUCUACAAACAAUUCUUUUUCCAGUGCCCCACAAAAGCAACAGCCGGCGGGUUUAAAUAUCUCAUCUGUAUUAGAUACUGGCCAAAACUCAAUUCGAAGCUUUGAAUCCCAUGAAAAGUCUCUGUCAAUUCACGCUUCAAUUGAUGCUCUGCAUAGAUCGACCCCUUCCAGACUCGAUUCUGUUACUAAUCAAAAUCUUCCCAACACCAGUCUUGCUCUGUCAUCAAAUGAGAUUAAGAGAAAUCAACAUCCUGUACAGUCUGAAUCUCUUUUCAAAGAUGCUGGCUCAUCUGAAAAGCAUUUCCAACCGGUGAAUCCCGCUAGUGUUGAUGAUACUCCAAGAGUUACCUCCGAUGGUAGCGGUCUUCGCUUGUCUGGUAUGAAAUUACCAAAACUUCAAACAAAUUCUUUCAAUGGGAAUGCCACUAGUUCUGUCGUUAAUGUCAACGCCCUUGCUAGCACCGAUCGCACGAAUAUCCUGCUUUCGAAUAAAGAUAAUCGAGAGAUUUUAAAUAAACCUUCAUCCUUGCAGCAACAAACUGAUUCCAAGGGUCAAACUUUACAAAGUAAAAUUUCAUCAAUAUUUAAUAAUUUACCUAAUGAUAUUGAAUUAUCUGAUGACUCGGCCUCUGAUUUAGAAACUAUCAAUAAUAGUAGCUCGCUUUCUUCUCCAACCCAUCGAAAUUUAAAUAAUAAACAAAGUGAUGGAAGUAUCCUGACAAUAAAUACUGAUGAUAGUGAUAAACAAAAUCAUGCAAAAAUGACUAGUUCAACUCAUGCCGCCAAUGCCAUCUUUCAAUCUACAUAUAGUGAACCAACGUCGAUUCCCUCGCCUAUAAAAGUUGAAAGGGGUCGAGGCUCAAAUGAUGCUACUCUCAAUUCUUCUAAUAUGUCACCAACCUUGUCCACCUUCUAUGCUCUUCGUAAUAAAGAAGGUCAGUAUAAUUCAAAUCUGAUGAAGAAGAAACCUUCGAACUUAUCAAGCGUUUUGUUCGAUAACGCAAAAUCGAUUUUGCAUAAUAAUAUAACCGGAGCCGUCUCUUCUGCUUCCUCGAUAGUCACCGCUAAAGGAAAACGUAAAAAGAAGAAGAAGCCAAAAAGACUUUCUGAGAAUCCUUUGAAAAAUGGUGGUAUUCCUAGAAAAUAUUGGAUGAAUGAUGCUUUCAUUAGUGAUUGUUUGAAUUGUUUCAGACCUUUUUCAGCUUUUAGAAGGAAGCAUCAUUGCAGAUUCUGUGGUCAAAUCUAUUGCUCCGAUUGUACUUUGUUCAUUUCUUACAAUCAGCAUAAACAAGAAAGAAAAUUGAAAGUGAGCGAUAAAACCAAUGGAGAACGUAAUAGCAAUAGCUACAAUGAUAAAUUAAGGGUUUGUAAACCAUGUUAUGAUGAUGUCAUUGUUUAUUUGAGUGAUGAUUCUUCGUCUUCAUCGGAAAAUGCUGACAGUGAAAUCGAUCUCGAAGAAGUUUUUGAAGAUGAUGAAAUCCCAGACCACCCCCUUUCUCGCAUAAGGUCACUUUCUAUAAAUUCACGCCGUGGUAGCUUUUUUUCGACUCCCUCAAAGCACUUGCAACCUGGUGUUCCCUCCCAUGUCAAUAAUUCUAGUAUACUGCUUUCCGGCUAUUCUUCCCUUAAUAACUCUGAGGCUGCAAAGUCUUCCCCGAAGCAUCCACCUCAAAUGGCAAUCCCCACCACCAGAAAAGGUGAAGCAGUUGAAAUUCCAGUAUCUAAAACUUCAUCUAAUAACGUCGCAAAUAAUAACAAGAAUAACCUAACAUUAUUGGCAAUCAAUAAUGCUAGCAAUCACAAUACAAGUCCUGGCUCUCUUCCAAAUAAUUCUGACCAUAUGGAAUCUCCUUCAUAUCUAAGUAAUAGUCUUUCAAUACCAUGGUUUAGGAGUUAUAAUCAUGGUAAAACUAGCAAUUCCGGACUAAAGAUGGAUCUACCAAGAUCUAACAGCCUUGAUAAUUUUAGCAGUUUAUACAAUAAUUUUAUCGGGAAGAGAGCUCCAAGGUUUGGCCGCAUUCAUUCGAAUUCAGAUAAAGAUUUUACUACUUUGAAAAGUAAAAGAAGCGACUUGAUCCUUUCUCAAGAUGAUGUAGAAGAUGGAAGUGAAACCGAAAUAGAAGGAGGUGAUGACUUGGAAAGUGAAAAUGAGGAUGACAAAGUUAUGUCAUUGUAUACUUCUUUGAACAAUCCCGACCCCAGACCAGCAACAUUAACAUCUACUUCUGCAUCUGUUGUACCAACUUUGAAUGAAUUCCCCACCAUUGGUGUUGAAAAAAGAUUUCCUAAAAAUCUCAAUUUACCUAGAGCAGCUCCUGGUGUAUCGUUUUUGGAUGAUCGACCUAAAUCGGAGAGCAAGUCAAAUGAACGUGCUCAUGCCUCUUUGAUGAGAAUGCAGUCAAGAAGAAAGAGUAGAUCGGUAAGAAAUAUUCUGAUUUUAUCCCAUAAUAAUUAUAAGUUACAAAAUAUUGAUAAUUCAAACACUUUGAACAGUCCAUCUCCUGUUUCGACUCCCAGCUCUCCCACUCCUCAUCAACCCAUCCACUCAAAUCUCACUAAAGGUUUCUCAUCUGGUCAUAUCGGUCAUAGCACUGACGUAUCUUUCGCAAAUACCACUUCGCUGGGCGACCCCAUGACACCCAAAAUUUCGACCACUGAUGUCGAUCACGAUAUAUCUCAGGAUAUUACUGGUCAAUUAAAUUCUCAAGAUAUCGAUGAAAUCGAAAGCCCACAUAAUCAUGAUACUCUAUUUGGUGAUGGGGCCGAAAUAUCUAUUGAGCCUCAGCCAAUUUCAACGGAGAAGAGAUAUGAUGAUCUCAUUGACCAGAUUCUCGUUCAAUGUUUAGAAGAUUGUGAUAUUGUGAAUGACCAAGAAAGGUGGAAACAAAGUUUGAAAAAAGUGUUGUCAAACGUCAAUAUAUUGAAAGUAACUGACACCCUAGAUAUCAAACAAUAUAUAAAAAUCAAAAAGAUUUUGGGUGGAAAAAUAGAAGACACUAGUAUUAUUGAUGGUCUCUUCAUGACUAAGAAUAUUGAUUCCAAGCGAAUGCUUUCUAAGGUUGAGAAUCCUCGAAUUGCCUUAUUGAUGUUCCCAAUUGAAUACUUGAAACUGAAGGAGCAAUUUAUAAGUUUAAGAAUUGUUCAUUCUCAACAGGACGUUUAUAUAACAAAUUUGGUAUCUCGUUUAAUAUCUUUAGAACCUGAUGUGGUAGUAGUGGGGGAUACUGUUUGUGGUUUGGCUGAGAAGUUGUUAGAGGACGCGAACAUUACUGUCAUUUCCAAUGUUAAGCCUCAAGUCAUCGAACGAAUAUCAAGAUAUACUCGAGCUGAUAUUUUUCAAUCCAUCAAUGAUCUUUUCUUUAAAAAGGGGGUUUUAGGCUCUUGCAAGUUGUUUGAAGUUAAGAAAUAUAUUUUUCAAAAUACUAUAAAAACAUAUACCUUUUUCACGGGUAAUGACAUUGAAACUGGGUUCACCAUCGGCUUAAGAGGUGGCGAUCAUGACUUGUUAGAAAGUAUCAAAUAUGCAGUUGAAACCUUGAUCUCAGCUCAGCUUAAUGCAAAGCUUGAAAGAAGUUUACUUUAUGACCAUGGGGUCACUAUAAUGGAAAGCGAUUUUAACCCUGUUCUAGCCUUAUCAAACCACUUAGAAGAAAUCAGGCUUGAUCAGGAAAAUGAAAUAGAUGAUACAUUGACUUCUUGCAACAAUGCUCUUGACAAUCAUGAAAUUGAAAACUAUAUAAAACUUUUCAAUGAAAGGAAGUUGAGUACAUCACCAGCAGUGAAAUUUUCCUUACCUACCUCAUUGUUGAAUGUUGUUGAUUUCUAUGAUAAGUUUUAUCGGUUUUAUAAAAUUAAUAAAAGAAUUCAAUCAUCUCAAACCUGUGAAGGAAUAGAUACAGAGAUAUUUGAUGAAUUGAAGAUCAAUAUUGAUACAAAUAAACUUCCUAACGGAGAACACGAUUUGAUUACAAUGUUGAAAUAUGUAAGUGACUAUAACUUACGAUCUUUGGUACAUGAAUUUCAAUCGAGAAUUAGAAUUUGGUCUAAUUGUAUGAAAUUUACGUCUUAUCAAUUAUACCCAAUAUUUCACAAAAAGAUUCACUUCUUGCAUUCUACUGUAUCGAUAAAACAUGCUACUCCUUGUGCAGGCCCCAACAUUAUUGUCAUUGAUUAUUAUACAGAAAAUGAUAAAUGUUUCGGCGUUUACCUUGAUCAAAUUUUCCACGAGUCUAGUAAGACAUGUGAUGAAUGUGGAGAAUCACUUAUAAAUCACUACAAAACUUAUGUUCACGGUAACCGUAAGAUUGACCUCAUAAUUGAGAAGUAUGAUGACUUGUCUUAUGAACAGAAUUUUAAGGGUAAAAACCAAAGAGUAAUGUGGAGCAGUUGCAAACAUUGCGAUUUUUCUAGCUCUAUAGUAACUAUGAAUGAUAGUACAUAUUAUUUAUCAAUCGGGAAGUUUUUUGAGAUGUGCUUUUGGGGAUCUGAUGGUACUAUUGAGAAUAAAGCAUGUCCACAUGAUUUCUUCAGAGAUCACGUAAGAUAUUAUGCCUUUAAUGACUUGGUUAUAAGAAUUGAAUUUUCAUAUAUUGAUAAUUAUGAGGUUGUUGUACCAAGGAAGAAGCUUGAGUUUGUUCCUGAAAUAGACAUAAAAUUGAAGGUGGAUGCAUUCAAUAAUAUUAAAAGCAAAAGCGAAAGCUUUUUCCAGAGUAUUUCAAAACGACUUAACAGAGUGAAAGUGGAUACUUUUGAUAAAGCUGAGGAUGGUAUUAAAAAGGUUGAAGAAUUAAAACUUAAGCUCGAUGAACAAACACAUUCUAUCAGGGAGAAAACAAUUAACAUUUACAACUCUACUUCACCAAUAAUUUAUUUAUCAUUAAACUCCAUUUUAAGAGAAUUACAAGAGUUGGGUGUUGAAUGGGAUAAUGAAUUUAGUGAAUUUGAAAAGAAUUUUUUACCUACCGAAAAUGAAAUUACAAGAAUUACUCAAUUCCAUUUGAAGAAUUUCCUAUUGGAUAAAUAUAAUAGCGAAGGACAGACAAAGGAAGUUGAAAUGAAUGAUAUGUCAAAGCACAAAAAGAAUUCAAUACAGUCACAGGAAAGUGAUUCGCAGGAUGUUUCCACUAUUGCAUCGAAGACCACUCUUGAAAGUGAAAAGGAAAAGCCAAUAAAAUAUGAAUCUGAAUUUCCAAGAUCCUCUAUAAAAUCUCCCUCAGAAGCAGAAGAAACAAGUAAAUUACUAGCCCCUGCUUCGACCCAGCCUACAAAUGUUCUGGAAAAAGUACAGAAAAUGGAGCAAUUGAUGGAAGAAGAAAAGACCAAUAAUGAACAAAGCAAAGAUCGUAAGCUUGCUAAAACGCCAGUCAGACUGAAAUCGAAUUUGGCAUCUAAAGGAUCUGAAAUUUCAUUGAGUCCAAUUAAUAAAGAUGUUUCUGAUUCUCCAUUGCAAUCACAACCUCCAACACCUAUCUCUAGAGUUCAGCACUCAAGAAAUUUUUCUGAGCUGGAUUUAGGAAGUAGACAAGCAUCCAAGGUUUCUAAUUUGACCAAAUAUUAUAAUGAAAUGAAUUUGAAUAAGUUAUCACAAGAAUUCAAGGAGAGAAGAGAACGGGAAUUGAUUGAGAAGAAGAAUAAAAACAUUCGAGUGUUUCCUAUUGUCGCCUCUAAACCAAUUGUUGAGAUUUAUAAUAAGAUUGAAGAUGUUGUUGACGUUAAUGAUGAAUAUCCUGAUUUGAGAAGGUUGAAAAGAGCUGGACAGUCAUCGUUCAGUAAAAACCCACCUAAUAUAUCGAAACCGAAAUCACAAGAACAGCAGGAUCAUAAGGAAGUUUCCAAAGAGAAACUAGAUAUUCCACAGCCGGAAAAAAAUUCAUUACUCAAGUCCUUAACCAAUUUCUGGGCUGACAGAUCCGCUACGUUAUGGGAUCCAUUAGAAUAUCCAUUAGAAUCGAAUGAACACACAUUCGCCGACUCGGAUGUUAUCGUUCGAGAAGAUGAGCCUAGUUCAUUAGUUGCAUUUUGUUUAUCAUCAAAUGAUUAUAAGCAAAAGAUUAAGACCAUGGCUGAAAACAAGGAAAUAUCCGGGAACAAUGCCAAAGAGGAAGCAAAUGAAGGGAAUCAAGACGGAGAAGGAGACCGCAAUGAUAAUGAACAGGAAGACCCCGAGAACAUUCAUCCAAGUAGCAGUCAGGGUGGAGGUAAUACAAACAGCAAUGCAACUGGUAAUCCACUGGUUAAAGAAGAUAAAAACAAUGAGAAUAUUGAAACCAAUGAAUUGAAUAAUAAGAAAAAUAGUAAUUUUCUUAAGAUUGAAAAAAAAUUCAAAAAGAAGAUUGGGAAUAAUGAUAAUGUGAUUAACGAAUUAGAACAAAUCAUGACCAAGAGUAAAUCAACUCAUUUGAAGUAUCAAUACUUAGAUGGAAAUACUAAUUUGUCAUGCAAGAUUUUUUAUAGUGAACAGUUUGAAGCGUUUAGAAAAAGCUGUGGGGCCGAUGAAUUUUUCAUUCAAAGUUUAUCAAGAUGUGUCAAAUGGAAUUCAAGUGGAGGUAAGAGUGGGUCUAAUUUUUUGAAAACAUUAGAUAAUCGAUAUAUUGUUAAAGAACUACUGAAGCUGGAAUUGGAAUCAUUUGUUUCAAUUGCCCCCUUUUAUUUCAAAUACAUUUCCCAAUCAAUGUUCAAUACUUUAACCACUGCAAUUGCCAAAAUAUUUGGUUUUUAUCAAAUUCAUAUUAAAAAUACCAUUAGCGGGAAAACUUUUAGAAUGGAUUUCCUCAUUAUGGAAAACCUAUUCUAUAAUCACAAAACCACCAGGAUCUUUGAUUUGAAAGGCUCAAUGAGAAACAGACAUGUCCAACAAACUGGUAAAGAAAAUGAAGUCUUAUUAGAUGAAAAUAUGAUUGAAUACAUCUAUGAAAGCCCUUUAUUUGUUAAAGAAUACCUGAAAAAACUCUUACGUGGUUCUCUUUUCAACGACACCGCCUUCCUAAGUGCCAUGGACGUCAUGGACUACUCUUUGGUCAUCGGCAUCGAUGACAGCCUGAAAAAAAUCUACAUUGGUAUCAUUGACUGGCUAAGAACUUUCACCUGGGACAAAAAAGUCGAAAACUGGGUCAAAGGUAAUAGCUUGGUUGGUGGCGGGAAAAAGGGUAAGGAUCCUACAAUUGUCACUCCGAAACAAUACCGUAUCAGAUUCAGAGAGGCUAUGGAACGCUACAUCCUAGAAGUCCCCGAUAUCUGGUACGAGGGAAACCAA